CAAUGAUAUUGCGGGUCUAGCACAAGGGGUGCUAUACAUUCCUUCACUACACGCGUUCUAGCAAAACAACCACUGCAAACGCAAUUGGCAAGCCCAGAACUCGGAGCUCUACAGGUGCCGAACCACACUUUCGCAGCACACGCUUUCCCCGCUGUCGCACUGAGACUCAUCUGCACCACGAGAGCCUCUCGACCUUUACUAUCUCUUCGAACCACUCAAUUAUCUCUUCGCCUCAACUACCCUGCAGCGGUAGCCCUCCACAAUGCCAGGCCAAGUCCCGUUUCAACAGGCUCGACGCCAUUCACCAAAACAGUCGAAGAUGCGCGCGUGCGCACCACAUCCGGCGGUAUCGUCACAAUAGUGAGCUUGUUGGUCAUCUUCUACUUGACUUGGGGAGAAUGGGCAGACUACAGACGAGUGAUAGUGCGGCCGGAGUUGGUGGUCGAUAAGGGCAGAGGCGAGCGCAUGGAGAUCAGCUUGAACAUAACGUUCCCGCGGGUCCCUUGCGAGCUGAUCACGCUCGAUGUCAUGGAUGUGUCUGGAGCAGCUGCAGAUGGGCGUCACGCACGGCAUCAACAAGGUCCGCUUGAGUCCUGAGAUUGAGGGUAGCACCGUUCUUUCGACCACGGCGCUGGAUCUGCACAAGGACGAGGCGCAACAUCUCGCCCCCGAUUACUGCGGAGAAUGCUACGGCGCACCGUCUCCCACCAAUGCGAUCAAGGCCGGCUGCUGUAACACUUGCGACGAGGUCCGCGACGCAUACGCUUCGAUAUCAUGGUCUUUUGGUCGCGGCGAGGGUGUCGAGCAGUGUGAGCGUGAACACUACGCCGAGCACCUCGACCAACAGCGACAGGAGGGAUGCCGUCUCGAGGGCAGCAUUCGCGUCAACAAGGUCGUUGGAAACUUCCACAUUGCGCCUGGAAAGUCGUUCUCUACUGGCAACAUGCACGUGCACGACCUCGAGAACUACUUCAAGGACGAAUAUUCGCACACGUUCACCCACAAGAUCCACCACUUGCGCUUCGGUCCUCAAUUGAGCAACGCGGUCAUUGCAGACAUGCAGAAGAAGCACCAGAACACCGGCCCGGGAGGAUGGACUAGCCACCAUAUCAACCCUCUCGAUAAUACCGAGCAACAGACGAGCGAGAAGGCCUACAACUUCAUGUACUUCGUCAAGGUCGUGUCGACUGCCUACCUGCCCCUUGGCUGGGAGAAGGAGGCCCCUCGCCUUACUAAGCACGACGAGCUCCUUGGUUCGACCAUCGAAGGCAACUACAAGGGCAGCAUUGAGACCCACCAGUACUCUGUCACCAGCCACAAGAGGAGUCUUGCCGGUGGGAACGAUGAGAAAGAGGGCCACAAGGAGCGCAUCCACGCCAAGGGUGGAAUUCCGGGUGUCUUUUUCUCUUAUGACAUCUCACCGAUGAAGGUCAUCAACCGCGAAGUCCGUGACAAGACUUUCUCGGGCUUCCUCGUUGGUUUGUGCGCUGUGAUUGGCGGCACGCUCACUGUUGCGGCUGCUGUUGAUCGCGCACUGUACGAGGGCGUCAACAAGAUCAAGAAGAUCCACUCCCAGUAG